AUGUUUUCUAGCAGUACCGAAAAAGUCAUAUUCACAAACAGUACGACCAACAUCCCUGAAUUUGUCCUCCGAGGCUUCCCAGGACUCCCUACUGAAUAUUACGGACUGCUAGGAACCUUUUUCUUCUUCAUCUACCUGAUUUUGGCAUCUGGGAACAUUUUCAUCAUUGUGUUUGUGGCCUAUCAGAAAAAUCUUCAAAAGCCUACUUACAUCAUCUUCUGUAAUCUUGCCAUAGCAGAUCUUGGAUUUGGAACUGUAACUGUUCCAAGAAUCAUUUCAAAGCACUGGAUGUCAGACAAGAUCAUAUCAUUUAAUGCUUGUUUCACACAAAUGUAUUUUGUCCAUUUCUUAGGAGCUACCAGCUCAUUUCUUAUGGCGUUAAUGGCCCUUGAUCGAUUUGUUGCCAUAUGCAACCCCCUCAGAUACCCAGCAUUGAUUAAGAACUCCACUAUUGCAAUUCUUUGUUCUGCAGUUUGGAUCGCGAACCUUAUCCAGCUUGGUGGGAUUACUGCUCAGGCCCUCAGUGUUACUUACUGUGGCCCAAACAUCAUAUCCCAGUGCUACUGUGACCACUUUUCAAUAGUCAAACUGGCUUGUGCAGACAUAACAGCCAUAAAAAACACUAGUUUUGUUGUUGCUAUCUUGGUACUAUGGGGUCCUUUAGUUUUUAUAAUAUUUUCUUAUGUAUCGAUCAUUAUUUCAGUCAUGAAAAUCUCAAAUAAGGAGAGCCGAUACAAAACCUUUUCAACGUGCACUCCUCAACUGUUUAUCAUCUGCCUGUACUAUCUCCCCAGAACGUUUGUCUAUUUGUCAAACACUUUUGGCCUUGAUUUGGGAACCGAUACCCGCAUUAUGUUGACUAUGAUGCACAGUUUAUUCCCUGCCCUUAUCAAUCCAUUCAUAUACUGCUUCAGGACCAAAGAAAUUAAAGACACAUUAAUGAAGAAAUUAAAGCAAAGACAGGUGGGAGUACAUGGAAAACAUAAUUUAACUCAACUUAAAUGA